AUGGCCGGUAGACUCCACGGCAGCAUUGCGGAGGGCAUCGACGACGCGAUGCUUGAAGCCACGAAGCCGGAGGUCACGGGGACAUACGAUCGAGUCCUCCGGGAGCGCCGCGACGCGUACGUCGACACGACUCACGAACCAGCGGCAAACAAGCUACCGAAGCUCGAGCCUGACUGCAGCUACGGCCCAGCACUCGACAUUGGCGCCAUCAAACCUCCCCACGUCCACAGAACUGAGUUCCAUACGCUCAAGAUUGAGGUCGGCAUCAAUGAAGGCUGGUGA